UCUACUCCUCCACCACCAACUCAUCAUGUCCGCACCUGAACCUCCCGCCUCGCCAGCUCCCUCCCUGCGAGAUCGCAAUGCUCCUAAAAAGCAAGUCGUCGGUGUCUGCGCCAUGGAUGCAAAAGCACGCUCCAAACCCUGCCGCAACAUCCUCAAACGACUCAUGGCAGAAGGCGACUAUGAAACGAUCGUCUUUGGUGAUAAGGUCAUCUUAGACGAGGAUAUUGAAAACUGGCCGCACUGCGACUACCUCAUCUCAUUCUUUUCUACUGGUUUCCCGCUAGACAAGGCAUUACGCUAUGUUGCGCUGCGCAAACCUUUUUGUGUCAACAACCUACAGUUCCAGAAAGUACUCUUUGACCGUCGACUCGUGCUGCAACUACUUGAAGCGAUUGGUAUCCCUACACCAUACCGUCUUGAGUGCUCUAGAGAUGGCGGACCGCGUGUUUCUUCCGAGGUGGCUCGUAUCAUGCAAAAACGACUCGGAGUCAAGCUCAACCAAAACGUCCCCGAACCAGAAGUCAAGAUGGUGGAUGACGACACCCUCAGCAUCAACGGCAAACUCAUCAGAAAACCCUAUGUUGAGAAACCCGUCUCUGGUGAAGACCACAACAUCCAUGUAUAUUAUCCCCGCGGCAAAGGCGGUGGUGGUCGUCGACUCUUUCGCAAGAUUGGCAACAAGGCGUCUGAAUUUGAUCCAGAACUCAACGCACCCAGAACAGAUGGCUCUUACCUGUAUGAAGAAUUUAUGGAUGUGGAUAAUGCAGAAGAUGUCAAGGUCUACACAGUGGGUCCUGGCUACUAUCAUGCAGAGACGCGCAAAUCUCCCGUGGUGGAUGGACUCGUCCGUCGCAAUACGCACGGCAAGGAAAUCCGAUACGUCACUGAACUCACGAAAGCAGAAGCUGAAAUGGCUUCCAAGAUUUGCACCUACUUCGAACAAGCUGUGUGUGGCUUUGAUUUACUACGUGCUGGUGGCAGGUCGUAUGUGAUUGAUGUGAAUGGCUGGUCAUUUGUUAAGGAUAACGAUGACUAUUACUAUCGCGCAGCAACCAUUCUUCGCAAGAUGUUCAAGUCUGUGUUGCGCGAACGUGUGGUGCAGCCUAGUAUUGCUGCCGUUGCAGCUUCAGAGCACAAUACUUGGCAACUCAAAGCAUUCGUGUCUGUUGUUCGACAUGCGGAUCGAACCCCGAAAAACAAGUUCAAGUAUUCCUUCAAGAGUGAGCCAUUUGUUGCCUUGCUGCAAGGUCAUACCGAGGAAGUCAUCCUGCGCAACGAGCAGCUUCGUAUUGUACUGGCUGCCACAGAGCGUGCUAUUGAGCUCAAGUCGGAGGAUCCAGACAAGCUGCUACAACUACGAACAGCGCUCGGUAAAAAGAUGGAAUUGCCCGGCACAAAAGUCCAAGUCAAGCCCUCCUACAACGACCAUUCCCAACUCGUCAAGCUGCAGCUGAUUGUCAAGUGGGGUGGUGAGUUCACGCACUCUGCGCGCUAUCAGUCAAAAGACCUUGGCGAUAAUGUCCGCAAUGAUUUGAGUAUCCUCAAUGCAGAGUGUCUGGAGCACGUCAAGAUCUACACUUCCUCUGAACGUCGUGUCUCUGCGUCAGCUGAGAUUUACGCAAAAGCACUCCUCAACACAGACAAGCUACCGGAAAACUUUAUGGAAGUACGCAAGGAUUUAUUGGAUGACUCAAAUGCGGCAAAGGAUAUGAUGGACAAGGUCAAGAAGAAGCUCAAGACACUUUUGCGGACCGGUGAGCGUGCACCGCCACAAUUCACAUGGCCAAAAGAUCAGCCAGAGCCAUGGCUUGUUAUGCAGAAUGUGAUUGAACUCAUGAAGUAUCACCGUGCCGUUAUGCGACAAAAUUGGACAGACUUGGGCGCCGAGGUGGAUAAAGUCCAGAUUCGCUGGUGCUGCAAUGAAGACCCGUUAUUGUUCAAGGAACGCUGGGAGAAGCUCUUUGGUGAAUUUUGUGAUGUCGAUAAGGUCGACCCUUCAAAAGUCUCUGAGCUGUAUGAUACGAUGAAGUAUGAUGCGUUGCAUAAUCGCAUGUUUCUGGAUACCAUCUUUUGCGAUCCGGACGUUUACCGCGAAGACGAAAACCUCAACAGCAAACGCUCAAGCAUCUCCUCUGAUCGCCCAGAUACUGCAUCCAUCCAAUCUUCCAGCGCUGGCAUGUCGAGUGGUCGUGGUCCGUCUCGUGCCGUAUCGACGAGUGAAAAGGGGAACAGCGGCACUGAACAAUCUCGCAAACCCGGACUUACCAAGCUGCGCGAACUGUAUCGCCUUGCAAAAGUGCUAUUUGAUUUUGUCUCUCCCCAAGAGUAUGGUAUUGAAGAUGCGGAAAAGUUGGACAUUGGACUCCUUACAAGCAUGCCUCUUUUGAAGCAAAUGAUCUCCGAUACGCGUGCAUCACAGACAUCUGAGCAUGCAGGGUGUUUCAUUUACUUUACAAAAGAAUCACACAUCUACACGCUGCUCAACUGCAUCUUUGAGAGUAAAAUCCCAACGAAACUCGCACGCAAUGAGAUUCCAGAAUUGGACUACUUGACGCAGAUUAAUAUGGAGUUAUUUGAACGACAACCCAUGACGGAGGGUGCACUUGCAGGGAAGGAGUAUUCUGUGCGUAUCACUUUAUCGCCUGGUUGUUAUGCCGCUGAUCCACUCGAUAUCUCACUUGAUGCAAAACAUUGCAUUUCCGUACAACCACGCAAAGCACUCACACGACACUUGAAUCCAGCGGAUGUGCUUGGCAAGUUGGAGGAAAAAUUCAAUCGUGUGCAAAUGCCAAAACGCUUCUUGCCACGCUUGUUGGAUAAUUCGAGUGAGGCGUUGUUGCAGCGUGUACAGGAAGUCUCACAAGCGACGUGUCUUAGGGAACGUUCAGAGCAGGAAGAAGCGGCUGAGGAGGCAGCGAGGGAAUUACAAGAUGAGAAGGAAAAGGCUGCUCAAGCAUAAGAUUGAGCCUUUCUUUGUAUUAUAUUUC